AUGUUGGGGGGGGGCGCGGGUCCCUCGAGAAGGUGCGCGCGAGUGGGCGACGCUUUUGGGGGGAGACGUUUGCGGGGGGGGGGCGGGUCCCCGGCAAAAGAUGCCCGCGAGCGGGCGACGUUUCAGGGGGAGACGUUUGCACGGGGCGUGCGGGCCCGGAGAAGGCGCGCGCGAGCGGGCGACGUUUUGGAAGGAGACGUUUGCGGGGGGCGCGGGUCUUCAGAGAAGGUGCGCGCGAGCGGGCGACGUUUCGGGGGGAGACGUUUGCAGGGGGCGCAAGGGUCCAGAGAAGGUGCGCGCGAGCGGGCGACGUUUCAGGGGGAGACGUUUGCAGGGGGCGCGGGUCCCCGGAGAAGGUGCGCGCGAGCGGGCGACGUCUCGGGGGGAGACAUUUGCAGGGGGCGUGGGGGUCCAGAGAAGGUGUGCGCGAGCGGGCGACGUUUCGGGGGGAGACGUUUGCGCGGAGCGCCGGUCCCCGGAGAAGGUGCGCGCGAGCGGACGACGUUUCGGGGGGAGACGUUUGCGGGGGCCGCGGGACCCCGGAGAAGGUGCGCGCGAGCGGACGACGUUUCAGGGGGAGACGUUUGCAAGGGCUGCGGGACCCUGGUCAAGGUGCGCGCGAGUGGGCGACGCUUCGGGGAGAGUCGUUUGCGGGGGGGGGCGGGUCCCGGGCAAAAAAUGCGCGCGAGCGGGCGACGUUUCUGGGGGAGACGUUUGCGGGGCUCGCGCAUGUCCGCAGAAGGUGCGCGCGAGCGGGUGACGUUUCGUGGGGAGACGUUUGCGGGGCUCGCACGGGUCCGGAGAAGGUGCGCGCGAGCGGGCGACGUUUCGGGGGGAGACGUUUGCGUGGGGCGCGGGUCCCCGCCGAAGGUGCGCGCGAGCGGGCGAGGUCUCGGGGGGAGACGUUUGAAGGGGGCGCGGGGGUCCAGAGAAGGUGCGCGCGAGCGGGCAACGUUUCGGGGGGGAGACGUUCGCGGGGAACGCCAGUCCCCGGAGAAGGUGCGCGCGAGCGGACGACCUUUCAGAGGGAGACGUUUGCGGGGGGCGCGGGUCCCCGAAGAAGGUGCGCGCGAGCGGGCGACGUUUCAAGGGGAGACGUUUGCGGGGGGCGCGGGUCCCCGGAGAAGGUGCGCGCGAGCGGGCGACGUUUCGGGGGGAGACGUUUGCGGUGGGGCGCGGGGGUCUAGAAAAGGUGCGCAAGAGCGGGCGACGUUUCGGGGGGAGACUAUUGCGGGGGGGCGCGGGUCCCCGGAAAAGGUGUGCUCGAACGGACGACAUUUUGGGGGGAGACGUUUGCGCGGGGGCGCGGGUCCCCGGAGAAGGUGCGCGCGAACGGGCGACGUUUUGGGGGGAGACGUUUGCGGGCGGCGCGGGUCCCCGGAGAAGGUGCGCGCGAGCGGGCGAUGUUUCAGGGGGAGACGUUUGCAGGGGGGGCGGGUCCCCGGAGAAAGUGCGCGCGAGCGGGCGGCGUUUCGGGGGGAGACAUUUGCGGGGGGGUCGGGUCCCCGGAACAGGUGCGCGCGAUUGGAUGACAUAUCGUGGGGAGACAUUAGCGGAGGGCGCGGGUCCCCGGAGAAAGUGCGCGCGAGCGGGCGAUGUUUCGGGGGGAGACGUUUGCGGGGGGGGCGGGUCCCUGGAAAAGGUGCGCGCGAGCGGGCGGCGUUUCGGGGGGAGACGUUUGCGGGGGGGUCGGGUCCCCGGAAAAGGUGCGCGCGAGUGGACGACAUAUCGUGGGGAGGCAUUAGCGGAGGGCGCGGGUCCCCGGAGAAGACGUUUGCGGGGGGGGGCGGGUCCCCGGAGAAGGUGCGCGCGAGCGGGCGACGUUUCGGGGGGAGACGUUUGCAGGGCUCGCGCGGGUCUGGAGAAGGUGCGCGCAAGCGGGCAACGUUUCGGGGGGAGACGUUUGCGGGGCUCGCGCGGGUCUGGAAAAGGUGCGCGCGAGCGGGCGACGUUUCGGGGAGAGACGUUUACGGGGGGGCGCGGGUCCCCGAAGAAGGUGCGUGCGAGCGGGCGACGUUUCGGGGGGAGACGUUUGUGGGGGGCGCGGGGGUCCAGAGAAGGUGCUCGCGAGCGGCGACGUUUCGGGUGGAGACGUUUGCGGGGGGCGCGGGUCCCCGGAGAAGGUGCGCGCGAGCGGGCGACAUUUCGGGGGAAGACGUUUGCGGGGGGGGCGGGUCCCCGGAAAACGUGCGCGCGAGCGGGCGACGUUUCGAAGGGAGACAUUUGCGGGGCUCGCGCGGGUCCGGAGAAGGAACGCGCAAGCGGGCGACAUUUCGGGGGGAGACGUUUGCGGGGGGCGCGUGUCCCCGGAAAAGGGAUGCGCGAGCAGGCGACGUUUCGUGGGGAUACGUUUGCGGGGAGGGCGGGUCCGCAGAGAAGGUGCGCGCGAGCGGGCGGCGUGCGCGCGAGCGGGUGACGUUUCGGGGGGAGACGUUUGCGCGUGGGGGCGGGUCCUCGGAGAAGGUGCGCGCCAGCGGGCGACGUAUCGAGCGUAGAUAUUUGGAGGGCCUUGCGUGGGUCAGGAAAGGGUGCGCGCGAGCGGGCGACGUUUCGGGGGGAGACGUUUGCGUGGGGCGCGGGUCCCUGGAAAAGGUGCGCGCGAGCGGGCUACGUUUCGGUGGGAGACGUUUGCGGGGGGUGCGGGAGUCCAGAGAAGGUGCGCGAGAGCUGGCAACAUUUCGGGGGGAGAAGUUUGUGGGGGGCGCGGGUCCCCGCAGAAGCUGCGCACGAGCGGACGACGUAUCGGGGGGAGACGUUAGCAGGGGGCGCGGGUCCCCGGAGAAACGUCUCCCCUCGAAAUGUCGCCCGCUCGCGCGCACCUUCUCCGGGAACCCGCCCCCCCUGCGAACGUCUCCCCCCGAAACAUCGCCCGCUCGCGCGCACCUGCUCCGGGGUCUCGCGCCCCCCGAAAACGUCUCCCCCCGAAACAUCGUCCGCUCGCGCGCACCUUUUCUGGACCCCGCGCCCCCUGCGAACGUCUCCCCCCGAAACAUCGCCCGCUCGCACGCACCUUCUCCAGGGACUCGCGCCCCCCGCAAACGUCUCCCCCCAAAACGUCACCCGCUAGCGCGCACCUUUUUUAGACCCGUGCAAGCCCCGCAAACGUCUCCCCCCGAAACGUCUCCCCAAGAAACGUCGCGCGCUCGCGCGCACCAUCUCCCGGGACCCGGCCCCCCCGCAAACGUCUCCCCUUGA